CCCCACCACCGUCGACAUGUAGUUUUCGUGCCUCUGCAAGGGACAAGGAGUAGCUGAAGAGGAUCGUGCGAGGGCUGGGAUGGAGACGACUGUUCCCCUAACCGGAAGCCAUCUCCGACGGGGAUUCGGGCGCCGGGAAGACGUCAGGGGGCACUGGGUGUAGGAACCGCGGGUUGGCUGCCGGCGGCAGGGCCCGCUUUGGGGACGGACCGGAAGUUUCUGAGCGCGCUGGCAGAAUGCUCUCUUGACCACCUGGCCGCCGCUCGCAGAACAUGUUCCUGCUGCGCCCGACUUCUCAGCUGUUCAGGGCUGUGCCCUGGGCAGGCUGCAUCCGGCCCUGGCCUGUCCCAGGGGCGCUGGGCAGCAGCGCCUGCAGGCCCCAGUACUGCACGCAGCCGACAGGCCCAAGGAGGGCUGCCUCCCUCCCCAGCAAAGGGUCCCAGCUGGAGCUUGAAAUGCUGGUACCCGGGAAGAUGUCCAUCAGCCCCCUGGAGAGCUGGCUUACCGCCCGCUGCCUCUCGCCCAGACUGGAUGCUGGGGCCCCAAGGAUUGUGGCGCCAGUCCAGUUCUACAAGUGUCCGCCUAGCCCUAGCCGGGUGGAGGAAGGCACCAAGCAGGGGGAUGCACCUUCGAUGCAGUGCAAAAAUGUGCUGAAGAUCCGCCGGCGGAAGAUGAACCACCACAAGUACCGGAAGCUAGUCAAGAGGACACGAUUCCUGCGGCGGAAGGUCCGCGAAGGACGACUGAAACGGAAGCAGAUGAAGUUCGAGGCAGACCUGAGGCGUAUCUGGCUGCGGGCGGGCCUGAAGGAUGCCCCCGAAGGCUGGCAGACUCCCAAGAUCUACCUGAAGGGCAAAUGAGUCUGGUGUGCCCCUCUCCGUCCCCACUGCCACCAGUGGCCUGUUGUAAUAAACGACUCAACUGGUCCAGG